CUCUCUAUAACCUUAUAUCUUGUUUCUUUCUUUCGCCUCGUUCCUUUUUUUUUAUUCUCCCUUGUCCUGGUCUACUCUGCUAUAAUCAGCUGCUUUCAUCUGAUGACCCCUUCUUUCAGCCCGUCAAUCCGAUACUCUUGCCAGCAGAAGAGGGGUCUGACUAUUCUUUCUUCCAUUCUUAAAUGUCUUACGAUCGAGUUCUCCCCAAGCCGGCUGCUUUACAUUAUGAUUCUCCGCAGGCCACUCUUUCCAGACCAACAAGUAAUCUUCUCGAGCACAAGAUCAUGAACGACGAGACCUCUCAACUGUCCGCGAUGGAUCAUCAUGUCGAAAGCAUGCCUGUCGGGGCUUCCUGUCGCUAUCCCACCGACGGGUUGCCGCAAGUUCAUCUGUCCUCCAUCAACCGAGCUAAGAUCGCCUUGAAUAAAAUCGCGUCCAGUGCUCCGUUCGAGCCUCCAAAGCCCAAGACCAUUCCCUUUCGAGAACGCACUUCAGCAUCGGAGCGCUCUUCUUCUUCCAGCCCGGUGAAGUCCACCGCCUCUAGGGAGCCUGUCACGCAAUUCUGUCUCUGUCAACCGGACCCCAAGAUCCCUAGACCUCGCAAUGCCUUUAUCUUGUACCGCCAGCACUAUCAAGCAUCGGUAGUGGCACAAAACCCAGGUCUUGCCAAUCCCGAUAUAUCCAAGAUUAUUGGAGAGCAGUGGAGAAAGCUUCCUCAAGAAGUUAAGGACGAAUGGAAGUCCCUGGCGGAGGAAGAGAAAGCCCGUCACCAACAGCAGUAUCCCGAGUACCGAUACCAACCUCGCCGCUAUGGUCGGGACGGCAACAUUCGAAAUGUGAGCUCUGGCAUCAGUCAUAACCCUCCCGGUUCUACGGUCUGCAAUCGCUGCGGUGGCCGGGUCAUGAACCCACCGGUGUCUCCGGAAACGCCUUUUACCCCCAACGGACCAUCGAAUCUAAAUGGGUCCACCUCGCAGCCGGAUUCAAUCACCGUCCGCAGCUAUCAAUGUCGGACAAAGGACCCCGAUCGAGCUCCAAACCCUAUUAAGAUAGGAACGAGCGGCGCCGAGCCACUUCCACCUCGUCGAGGUCAUUGGGAAGAGAAUGGGAGUCGGUCUCCUGACUCGAAACGUCGCCGAUUUAACCCCCAAGGGAUGUUUAAGCCCGGCAUUCAUCGUGAAAAAAGCCCAGACACUCAAUACCCGAUAUCACCGUAUACGCCUCGCGCGGAUACAAAUCCUCGGGGCUUUCAGAUGCUCCAGCCACCCCGGCCGUAUAGACACAUGAAAGAUUAUCCUACGCCGGACCCCAGCCUGAAGCUUCCGCCAUUGCAACCGAGUGCGUCAUCGGCCGGUAACAUGACGCCAGUGACCCCCUUUUCCCAGGAUAACCCGGCUAGUUUGGAGGCUACGGUGAUGACCAUUCCCUUUCUGAACAAGAUCAAAGUUCUCGCCAAAAUCUCGCCUCCUCUGGUACCGUCAUUCCGCGAAAACGCCAUACAACGGCGAGGACCCGUUAUCGCCGUAGAUGGACAGGACCCUGCUGCGGUGAGGAUGAUGGUCGACUAUCUCAACCAUAUGCUGCAGAAAGAGGGAAAGUACCACACGCGGAUUUUUGGCGGGCCCGACAUUCGGCAGAGGGAGGGUUACUCCGAGUCUGGACAGAUGGGAGACGCCGCGGUGGAGUAUCUGAACACGAUCUCCGUAUGGCACCGCAUUUCCGACGAGAUUGUGAGCUUUAUCAAGACCUCGCCUGGAUCUCCGGAAACGAAGCAGGCAGAGGAGGGCGAUAGUCCGCCGGGGGUGUCCCCGAAGGGCAUCAUUCCCAAGACAGCUGACAUGCAAAUCAGCUCGCCUGCCCCGCCCAGUGAGAGCGGAUCGGUAUCCGUCUCUUCAUCGUCGGGAACGAUGUCUUACUCUGUUCCGGUAGCCAUCGUUCCUCGGUAUCAGCUUACCACGGCAGACGCAUUCGCUUGCUCGGUGCCUAUCGAUGACUCCUACGCGCCACUGGAUCAUUGGCAGUGGAUGGCAUCUCUCUGGCGCGGUUGUGUCGGACCGGACAUCACCGUGUACAUUCGGGAGUGUGAGAAAGACGAGACGGAGCGCUUUGCAGGGAACCCGGUUGAGGUACGACUGCAAGAUGCGCGAACCGUUGUUGUCCGCCGGGGGGCGGGUUCCCCGAAAGAACUCGAGGAGAAAUCCAUGAAACGCGUUGGAUUUGAAAUUGAAGAUUUUCUCACUCAAUAAUAUUUAGUACGCUUUUUUCCUUUUGUUUUCUGUUUUUUUAGUUUUUUGGGGCGGGGUUUGUUUAUUGCCCUUUUCUUCUUUUUUCUUGUCUUUUUCUUGGUGUUUUCUUAGGGAUAGGCUCUUUGUUUUCUCGUGGUUGGUUAGCAUUUGCAGCAAGGCUGUAUGUGGGAUUGGCUUUUUGAUUACAGAUUACCCACAUGACGUUGAUUUCAACCGGAGGCUAGUACCUACUUAUGUUUCAAUUUCGUUGAGAUUGCGGUGUUUUUGAUGCACAGGACUAGGACAUGGCAUACAUAUUUAUUUUGUUACCGCGUUCAUUAGUAGUACCUACAUUUCAAUUGUUCCUGCAC